UCCAUGCUGUGAGAGGAAUAUUUUUUAUCAGCGUAAAAAAAGUAAAAUCUACGGAAAAAUACCCGCAAAAAGUGGUUUAAACUCAGAACGGACAAAAUGAUCCGCUUGCCUAACACAAUCGUGUGAAGAACUUUCAAUUACUAACCUCGUAAAAGUGCAUUUAUGCGAAAGUAGAAAAAGCCCUCGCAACACACACACACACACACAUUCACAGACACAGACACCAACUCAUCCAUUCACACACAGCGACACGGAAACGCACACACAGCGAAAAGUCGUCGCGUAUAUUAUGCCCGUAAUUUGUGAUUCGUCGGAGGCAAAAAUGGUUUGUGAAAGUACCUUGAGCGGGGCAAUUCGCGAAGCCUUGUCCUCGAGCACGAGUCACGGCGGCUCGCACGGCAACGGGAUCAACGGCAACGACGAGCUGAAUAUCCAGGAUCGCCUGAUUGCCUGUGCGAAGCGAUUACUAAUCAAUAAACUCGAGUACGAAGAAGCGCCCAGUUCGAGUACGACGUUGUACGAAAAUCUCAAGAGCAAAUAUACCGUGUUGAAGCCUGGCAUUGCAGCGGCAACGACGACGACGACGACGGGAGGACAGAAAUUGCUGCAAAAUGGGAUGCAUUUGCCGGAGAGGAACGUUCUUGCGAACGGGCAUUCGGGAACACAACAAGGGAACAACAAACAGACACCAACACUGCCAAAGCCGAAACGUAUUCUUUUUCCAAUCAGCAAUGUGCACAUCGGAUGGAAGAGUUUGGGCCGCCGAUGGAAUGUGGGAUCCGGCAUGAUCAACAUGGGCAAUACUUGCUACCUGAAUUCGACGUUGCAGGCGAUUUUUCACGUGCCCUCCGUGGCGUCGUGGCUCAUCUCCGAUGUUGAUCAUCGUCAGAGGUGUUGCGAAAAUGAUAGCGGAUGCAUUAUAUGCGCCAUGGCGAAGACCCUGAUGCAAUCCCAAAACGGAAAUAACCCCUUUAGACCGCAAAAUGUCUAUUUCAAGCUGAAACACAUUUGCAAACAUCUCACGCCGGGUCGUCAGGAAGAUGCGCACGAGUUCCUGCGUUAUCUGAUCGAAGCCAUGGAAAAGGCAUAUCUCGCCCGUUUCAAGGGAUGGAAAGAAUUCGACCAAUAUACAAAGGAAACAACUCCGCUAAAUCAAAUUCUCGGCGGAUAUCUCAAGUCGGCAGUGAAAUGUUUGAGUUGUCAACACGUUUCCGUCACAUUCCAGCACUUCCAGGAUUUGUUGUUGGAUGUGCGGAAGUCGAACAGCAUCGACGAGGGCGUGGAAAAUUAUUUUGCGCGCGAACGACUCGAAGAUACGGGCUACAAAUGUGAAGCUUGCAAGAAACGUGUGACAGCAACGAAACAAUUUUCGAUAGAAAAGGCUCCGAUUGCGUUAUGCGUGCAACUGAAACGGUUCUCGGUGCUCGGCGGAAAAAUUAACAAACAUAUUUCGAUGAGACAUACGUUGAAUUUGAACGCUUAUGCCUCGAAUAAGGCUGAAACGCGAAAUUUGUCGUAUCGAUUGGUGUCUCUGGUCACGCAUAUUGGCGCGUCGCAACAUUGCGGACAUUAUACUGCCAUCGGAUGCACCGAAAGUGGGCAAUAUUAUCAUUUUGACGACAGUAUGGUGAGUCAUGUGCAACCGCAGCGUGUCUUGGAGACGCAAGCUUAUCUCCUUUUCUACGAAUUAAUCCCGUCGACGGCGAAUGGGGGCGUGAAAAUUGUCACUCCCGUGGAAAAAGAGUACAAUAUGUUCGCGCAAGAUAAAAAAGUCGUCUCGCCCGUUGCUUCGACAUCAACUAAUGGGACGACAAAUGGCGUUGGAUCGACGGAAAAGAAGUUUAUUGGGCCCAUGUUGCCUCAAAAGAACGGCUCGAGUGCGAUAAAUGGCACGAAUAAGCCUCUCGUGAACAAAAUUCUGCUCGGAAGUAAGGUAAUUAGUGGCGAAAAAGCACUUUCGAACGGCAUUGUUAGUCCGAAAAAGAUCCAAAUUUUGUCCCCAGCGAAAAAUAACAAACCAAGCCUUAUCACGACGUCGCCUUCAAGUGUAAAUAACAAACAGGAAGAAGCCCAAAAAGGUCCCACACUGCCAAGUAUGCCAACUUUGACGUGUUCCUCGGUGCAAAAAUCGCCGUCGCCAUCGCCCGCAAAGCAAAAAGUCCUCCAAACGAAUGGGUUUCUUGAUGACAAGCCAAAGAGUCUUGUGCCGUAUGAUCUUGACGAAUCGGAUUCUGAAACUGGGCCAAAUGUUGCAAAUGGAGUCAAAAAAGACGCCGCUGACGACGACGACGAUGAUGCGGAAAAUGUUCUUGAAACCAAAACAGGUCUCUGGCACAUAAGUGAUAGUUCGCCCGAAGCUCCGAGUCGUCAAGGAAGCACAGAUAACUUUGCAAGUAGACCCGCUUCAGCGCCUUCGACUCCCACAGGCAACAAUUCCCCGAAUUACGAGCAAAAUAAUCACUCCGACAAGUCAAAUUGCAAACGUUCAAACAGUUUCAACGGCAAUAGCACGUCAAAUGUCGUCGCCGACGCUCUUCCGCAUCUCCUACAAAUGUCCCAUCGUGGCUACGGAACGUCAAACGUUCAAACAUGGAAUGGCGAACGCACGAAAAUGGACAAGGAACUCGCCGAGGAGAAACGCGAAGACCGAAAACGACAAUUUCAGGACGACAGAGAGACAGAAAUGGAUCGCGGUCGCACGAAAAAAGUCAAGAAAAGUCACGAGGAGUUUCGUUCGCGAUCCGAACACAACGGAAAUGCAUUCCAGCAGCAGCAAAAUCGCGAAAAUGCGCAUCAGAAUCGUGCAAAAUGGCUCGCCAACAACCGGAGUAAGGCCUUUCAUCAUCAUGGAGGCAACAAAAAUUCAGAUAGUUCCUCAUCCAACGGAUAUCAGAGACAUUUUUCGUCAAAUAAUUCCUCCUCGUACAACGGCAACAACAAUCGGAACAACUUUAAAAACGGGCAUCGAAACAAUAAUCGACGCAAUUUUAGUCAUUAUAAUGGCGGCAACAAUCGGUAUCAUAAUCAAAGGGAAAACAACUACAGACGCCAUUAAAUUUUUCUAAAAAAAAAACACUUUUUAUUGCUUAAACUUAUUAAUUUUUAGUCAAUUGAAUACUUUUAGUAGUUUGUAAGUUUUUAAUUUGUAAGAAUUUGUUACCCCCAUGAUAAAAAAAAUUAAAAUUAGAAAAAACAAAAAGGGCAUAAUUUAAUUUAAACGAAAAAAAAUUAAGAUAAGGCGCUAAAAACAGCAAUAUUUGUAAAUAAUUGUACUAUAGAAAGAAAAAAAUUAAAACAAAAAUGCAAAAUAAAUAAAAUAAACUUUUAGAUGUUAUAUA